CCCUGCUUCCUUUCCUCCCUCCCUCACUCCCUCUCUCUCUUUUGCACGCGUCUGCCAGCAACGGUCUGCAGCCGGUCAGAACUCGUCCUCUUCCCCGGGAAUCUGCGAGCUCCCCCUUUUCCUCCGAUCAGGCAGCUCGAAGUUUACACCCCUGUGCCGCUGCCAAAGCCGAAAGCCUUUUUCUUCAGCUGCCGCUUUUUCCCUCCUGGGUUUUGUUUUUGUUUUUGUUUUGCACGGGGGGUGGGGUGGGGUGCGUUGUUGGUUGCGGGGAGAUGGUGGGAGGCUGGUUUUGAUUUUUAAAUUUUGCAUUUUUUUUUUUAACUGGAAGAGGAUGCACAGGGGAAGAAAUUGAAAAAAAAAUUUGUUGGCUUUUGUUUACCUGGCGUGUGUGGCAACCGGCUCGCUCCCUCUCUCUGCUUGCUAUCCCUGACCUUUCUUUCUUUUUGCUCCUUUUCAAAAAAAAUAUUAAUUUCCCCCUUCUGUGCAAUGGAGCAUGGGGGGGGGAGGAGGGGGAAGGGUUUGAGAAUCCACCCAAGCCCGGCCCCUAUUCCCCAGAACACCAAUAAUAACCCCCUUUAAAACAUUUACCUUCCUCCCCGCUCCUCCUCCUCCCCCCUCCCCCCACCCGCCCCCAACUCACAACUCUUUUGAGUCCAGAAUCUCAGAAUCGGGCGUUGGGCUUUGCCGGGUGCUUCAGAUCAAUGGAUGAGUUCCACCCGUUCAUCGAGGCACUGCUGCCUCACGUCCGCGCUUUCUCCUACACCUGGUUCAACCUGCAGGCGCGGAAGCGCAAGUACUUCAAGAAGCAUGAAAAGCGGAUGUCGAAGGACGAGGAGCGGGCGGUGAAGGACGAGCUGCUGGGCGAGAAGCCCGAGAUCAAGCAGAAGUGGGCAUCCCGGCUGCUGGCCAAGCUGCGCAAGGACAUCCGGCCCGAGUUCCGCGAGGACUUCGUGCUGACCAUCACGGGCAAGAAGCCCCCCUGCUGCGUGCUCUCCAACCCCGACCAGAAGGGCAAGAUCCGGCGGAUUGACUGCCUGCGCCAGGCUGACAAGGUGUGGCGGCUGGACCUGGUCAUGGUGAUUUUGUUUAAGGGGAUCCCCCUGGAAAGUACUGAUGGGGAGCGGCUCUACAAGUCGCCUCAGUGCUCGAACCCCGGCCUGUGCGUCCAGCCACAUCACAUUGGAGUCACAAUCAAAGAACUGGAUCUUUAUCUGGCUUACUUUGUCCACACUCCGGAAUCCGGACAAUCAGAUAGUUCAAACCAGCAAGGAGAUGCGGACAUCAAACCACUGCCCAAUGGGCACUUAAGUUUCCAGGACUGUUUUGUGACUUCCGGGGUCUGGAAUGUGACGGAGCUGGUGAGAGUAUCACAGACUCCUGUUGCAACAGCAUCAGGGCCCAACUUCUCGCUGGCGGACCUGGAGAGUCCCAGCUACUACAACAUCAACCAGGUGACCCUGGGGCGGCGGUCCAUCACCUCCCCUCCUUCCACCAGCACCACCAAGCGCCCCAAGUCCAUCGAUGACAGCGAGAUGGAGAGCCCCGUUGACGACGUGUUCUAUCCCGGGACAGGCCGUUCCCCAGCAGCUGGCAGCAGCCAGUCCAGCGGGUGGCCCAACGAUGUGGAUGCAGGCCCGGCUUCUCUAAAGAAGUCAGGAAAGCUGGACUUCUGCAGUGCCCUCUCCUCUCAGGGCAGCUCCCCGCGCAUGGCUUUCACCCACCACCCGCUGCCUGUGCUUGCUGGAGUCAGACCAGGGAGCCCCCGGGCCACAGCGUCAGCCCUGCACUUCCCCUCCACGUCCAUCAUCCAGCAGUCGAGCCCGUAUUUCACGCACCCGACCAUCCGCUACCACCACCACCACGGGCAGGACUCACUGAAGGAAUUUGUGCAGUUUGUGUGCUCGGAUGGCUCGGGCCAGGCCACCGGACAGCCCAACGGUAGCGGCCAGGGCAAAGUCCCGGGGUCAUUUUUGCUACCGCCGCCGCCUCCAGUGGCCAGACCUGUGCCCCUUCCUAUGCCUGAUUCCAAAUCCACCAGCACUGCCCCAGACGGCGCCGCCUUGACUCCUCCAUCACCUUCAUUCGCAACGACAGGCGCCUCCUCUGCCAACCGGUUUGUCAGCAUCGGACCCCGGGACGGCAACUUUCUGAACAUCCCACAGCAGUCUCAGUCCUGGUUCCUCUGAUAAGAUCGACGAAAGAAACAACAAAAUGAAAAGAAGAGGUUCCUCGAAAGGGGGGAGAAGAAAUUUUGAGACAUGGAAAAAUCCCCCAGCCCAGCCCCACCGAAAAGCAAAAAUUACACGUCGUCAGCCACUCAGCCCUUCUCUCCUCCAGCCCGGGGACCCCCGCGGGCCCCAGAAGCAGCCCAGUUCUCAGAGAGCCCUUGGAAGGGGUCUCGGUGGAGCUGUGCACCAGCAGCCAAGCAGAAAGAAACACGCGACAUGGACUCUGUCAAGUAGAGGACAGAAAGCAAGAAAGGAUGCAGAACUGCCUUCCUCCCCCCCACCCCGCCCCGGCCUUCUGGGGAAGGAACAAAGUCCCCAAACAAAGCAACCAGCACAGUUCUGAAGGGGCCUGGCCUCCACCCUCACCCCUUCCUAGGGGAACCCCACCCUCCACACAGCCAGAGCUGCCCUAGGGAGCCUGGAGGACCAGCUCGUAAAGAUGAUGGGGUUUAGAUCCCUCAGGCUCUCCCCUCCAGACUCCGCCCUUCCCUCCCUCCCUCCCUCCCUCCCUGCCAAGGCUCCAGCUUCCCCCAGCUGCUCCGGACCAGGAGGGGGAGAGCGGCCUCCACUUACCCCACCCCACCCUCGGGCUAAAAGCCCCCAGGCGGGCAGGGGGUGACCCCUGGAGCUAGUUGCGUGUCCCAGAAUGGAGGGUGUUCUGUCACCCCACCCUCAGCCGCAAGAGCAGUUCCUGGGGCCCUGGACCCCUCUGUACAGUCCGUAGGAAAAAGUGGGAACGCUCUCGAUGGCCUCGUCCCAGCCUGGGACAGGCCCCCUUUCCCCUCUCUCUGCAGGCCAGGAGGGCCUCCUUCCUGCCACGAGGGAGGGGAGUCGGGCCCCAGGUCGCCCCCGCCCCCAGCCCUGCAUGCAGGUGCCCUCGCUCCGCCCCAUCAGUCCCUGCCCCUGCCCCUCAUGCAGACUGCCCUGCUGGGGCCGGGCCGGAGGGUGGAGCAGAAAGGGGACCCCGGAGCCGAGCGAGGAGGACCAGGCAGCCGCCGCUGCCGCGCUAAGCCACCACCUGCGCUUAGGUAGGCGUCCUGCUCGCCGACUUUCAGUUCCUUGGGAGGGUGUUGGGUGUCGUCCUUUUCAAAAGUGUUUUGGAGCUUUCUGUGCCCCCAACUUUCCCCCUGCCCACCCCCCCACCUCCCCCCGUGGCCACUUUUCUCUGGAUUUUAGCUGUAAUGUCUUUACUCUUUAUUUAGGGGUGGGGCAUUCAUUGUUUGGGUCUUUUGCUGUUGGAAUGGGAACUCCUCCUCCAUUUGAGCAACUUGGGAACAAUUUGGUAACACACCACAGGAAGUAGCUCUCCCCCCCAGCCCCCUCCUCCCUCAAGGGAGGGUUGGGGGGCCUGUCCAGAGGGUCUUCAGAAGCCCCCCUGGGAGGGAGGGGAGGAUGAGCAUGCCCAGCUCCCCUCCAGGGUGUGACUUGGCCCCUCUGGCUUGUCUUUCUGUGCCUUACUCCCUCCUCCUGCGUCUCCCGUCCCUGGCCCCUUCUCGAGUCCUUGUGCCUCUCUCUCUUUCUCUCUUUUUCUUAAUUGUAUGAAAACGCAAAGCACAGGUCAGGAUCCUCUGAGAGAAAAUCAACAUUGCACCACGUAGGGGUGGGCUAUGGGCUGUAUUUAUUGUGAAUCUAGUUUGUGAGGCUGUGGCCCCGAGCAGGCGGAGGGAGGGAAGAGGAGGGAGUGACUGGGGAGGGGAGGAGGUCAACGACCUGGGGCCGAAGGGGCAGGCAAGCGGUGCCUGCUACCCAGCUGGAAGCCACAAGGUGGCUGGCCCCAGGGGCGGCUUUUGUUGGAAGUUGAGUGAAGCCCUCCCCCUGUCCUCAGCGUGCAGCCCCAGAGGACCCCAGGGCUGAGGGGCAGUGGAUCCUGCGGGAGUCUCCCGGGGCGUGGGGAGUAAGGCCCCGGGGGGGGGGGGUGGGGGGCCGGGUGGGCCGAGCGUGACGCGCGGUCAAAGUGCAAUGAUUUUUCAGUUCGGUUGGCUAAACAGGGUCAGAGCUGAGAGCGAAGAAGAAGGGGCUCCCUGUCCGGCCGCACGUGCCCUUUCCCUCGACGACAGUCGGGGGCUCGGGCGCUGUGGGGCUGUGGGAGCUAGGGUCUGCGGGGCGCCUGCCCGGGCGAGGUCGGAAGCUGCAGGCCAGCUGGGCCCAGGCCGGAGCGUGCCCGGCGGGGCUGCCCGGGCGGGCAGGGGGUGGGGGCUGCUCCUUUCCCAAGUGGUGGUGUGAGGGGCAAUGAGGGCAACAGGAGAUGUGGGGACGUGUUAGGAGAGAAAAAAAAACAAAAAUAUAUAUGGGGGAAAUUAACUUUUUUUUUUUCAUUGAACCAAGUGCAAUGCAUCAGAGAGUUUUCCUAUCUUUGUAUGUUAAGAGAUUAAGAAAAAAAAUUCUAUUUUUGUUGUAAUGUCCUCGCGGCUCUGGGGACGCUAAAAGAACCGGGCCUGCCCCGCCCUGCGCGGGGAUAACGAAAGCUGAGUGUUUUUCCCUUUUUUUUUUUUGUUCGUUUUUAGUUUUUUUUUUUUUUUUUUUUUUUUUUUUUUAAGUCGUUUUCCUGCGUUGACGAGGAUGAUCUGGGGUUUUUAUUUGUUUCGUCGUUCGUUCUGUUUCGGUGGGAGGGCUGAAGGAAACGUUCACAUUUUAGAGUUUAAAAAAAACACCUCGACAUUUAAAAAAUCAACCAACACAAGAUCAAAAAGGAAAAGGACGAGAGAAAAAUUAUUUUUAAGAUAAUUAAACAUAAAACCCUGGUGCUUCUUACAUUAUAAAGUACGUUUUAAAGAACCCACAAACUAUUAUACAUAAGUUUAUGAAUCAAUUAAAUAUCCUGCACUUGUUAGGAAUACGCAUAUCCCUUCUUUGUUGAGUUUAACGGAACGGGACAGCGGCAUGCCCCCGGCGGCUGGACUGCUCCGGCCGCGGGUCUCCCCGGGCGCCCCUCCCUGGGGCCCAGCACCCCCUCCUCGCCCCAUCCCCGUCCGGGUACGGGGGCGCGGCAGGGGUCCCCGGCCCCUCCCCCGCAGAGGUCAAUGCCAACGAACAAACGUCCCCUCCCUCCCUCCCUCUCCGCCCCGAGCGCCCUUCUUUGAGCCAGACGCCAACUUGACCCUCACCAGCAUUAUCAGGAGCGCGCUCAGCAAGUUGGUAGUUUCCUCCCCCCUUUCCCGGCGCCCCUCCCGCCCCCAUUCAACAUCUCUUAUCGUAUCCCCGAACCCCUCCGGGGAACACCGGGAAGGCUCGACGCUCCAGGACAGGACCAGCCACGCUGACAGGUCGAUUUGCCCAGGCCCGCGCCCGCACGCACGCACGCACACGGCCCCGCACACAGCCCCGCCCCACCCCGCAACCAGCCCUGUCGACUGCCUUACACACCCGCCCCCGCGCUGGCCGGCCGACCUAGUGCCUUGUUCUCACCCCCGUGCUGGCGGAGCGGACGCCGCGCUCUGGGUCCCAGAGGGGCCGGGUGGCUCAGACGACCCACCACUCCCCCACCCCGACCGUGCUGAACAGACCCCCCACACGAGAGAAAAUAAAGGAGCAAUAAAGUCACGAGAACUUUCGUCCCCCAAUCGAGAGCCCGAGGGGCACCCCAGCCCCGCCUCUGCUCCCCCCAACCCCAUCCACCCUCGGGGCGCCCCCCUCCCCCCGCAAGCCAGCCUGGGCCAGCCCCGCUUCGGCCCCUCCCGGGAGAUCCGUGCGCCCGACCAGCACCAGCAUCGCGGACCGCAAAGGCCGCCCGUCCCGUCAAACAAGUUUCUUCUUAGGCUAAGAAACGCAGUAUAUACGAGUAUCUCUAUAUAUAGUACUAAUGGAUUUGGUGUGCUUCCCCCUUAGCGUCCCCCUCCCUCUGCUCCUCCUCCUUCAGCCUGGUCUCCCCCUCUUCUCUGCCCUCCACCCCCGUCUCUGCACUGAGAUACAUAAGAAACAAGGGUAGUUUACUGUCUGUUUUGUUUUCUGGGUUUUCAGUGUCCUAGCGGAAUGCAAGUAGGCAGCCAGCCCGUCUGUUCCCUCUCCGCCCCGCCCCGCCCCGCCCCCGUCACUGCGCUUCUGUUAUACCAUCUUUGCCUGACUCUCUCCGGCUUCUCCAUUGAAUGGCUAAUGUGUAUGUGAAAUAAAGAAAUAAAGAAAAACAAACGCAA